GUGACCAUGCUUGUGACGUACUCCUUCUAGAAAUAGUAUCUUGAUGUAAACAAGACCAGAGGCAAACAGCUGACAGUAGAAGUGCAGACGACAACGUUCGAGCAAGCAUCUUUUACUUCACCUGUAACAUCACCACGGAUAUCAAAAAUGACAAAACCACUGAACGUGCUCAAGUGUGUCGGCCCAAAGCUGGUACCAUUCUUCAAAACUGUCUCCAUCUACUUCGUGUUGUUUGGAGAUGCAGAGCGGUCAUCAGUCUUCUUUUGCAUUGCUAAAUGCCUACCAAUUGUUUCGCUGAUACUCUUCGUUCUGCUGCAUGGAAUGAGCCUGAAUGAGUAUUAUCGGUACUCCCGCCUAAUUCUAAUAGGGCUCAUAUCCUCCUGCAUUGGCGAUGCAUUUCUUGUGUGGAAGCACGCAUAUAUGAACUUUGAAUGUGGUCUUUUAAUGUUUGCAAUUGCACAGUUCUCUUAUGCAAAGGCUUUUGGGUUUAGACCAUUCAGUCCAUAUGCUGGAGCAGUCUUUGUGCUGCUUGGUUUCCUUGUUUACAGCUACCUGAAGCCAGGUAUGACUGGGAUGAUGGAAUACCUUGCACCAUUCUACCUGAUCUUGAUCUGCGUAAUGGGGUGGCGUGCCGUUGCCCGGGUACAGUUUUUUGAUGACCUGUGGACUUGGACGAAGCUGUGUGGCUGUGCAGGUGCACUCUGCUUCAUGAUCUCUGAUCUGACCAUCGCUGUAGAUCUUUUUCGCUUCAGCGUCCCCUUUGCUCACCAGAUCAUCAUGGUCACCUACUAUGCUGCUCAGUUUGGCAUCUCCUUAUCUGUAGUUGAUAGUCAGGUAGAGGAAGUCAUCCGUAUACAAACACAAGAUCAGAGUUUAGAUUAUAAAAGUCAUCUGGAAUACAUCUCUGGGCAUCUACACUUUGACCGAAGGUCUAGAGUUUUCAGGCCAUUUGCUUCAGUGAAGCAAGAGUGAUCGUUUCAGCGUUACCUUAUUGCAACAAAAAAAUAGAUAAAUAAACGAUGGGGAGAAGAAAAUUUCUUUAGUAGUAUGUUCUUGCCAAAAAUUGCAAUGCUGUUAAUUUCAGGCAAUGUAAAUACACUCUCAAAUGUUCUAGAAUCAUUGUAAGUGGAGUACUCCAGAAGUCAACAAGGCUGUUAUUGUGCUGAAAGCCUUGCAUCCAUUGCUGCUUCAGUCACUGCUACCUAUUACAAUUUUAGUUGUCUGGUCUCCAUUUUUUUGAAAUAUCUUUGAGUAUUAUGAUUUUUUUCCUUUGUGGCAUUCUGUACAGAAGGAAUUGUUUCCUUGAAGUUGAUCUGUAUUUUUUUCAUUAAUUUUUAAGAAAAUAUAGGCAUGUUUACAUAUGUUGCAUAUAUUUUUUUCAUACCUGUAACUCUGAUUUCAGACUUGUUUGUGCAAUGACCAGUAUUGGCUGGAAAAACUUACUUUGUUUAAAAUUAUUUUUAAAUUCAUGUACAUUAUUACUUUUGUGCACAAACACAUGCACACCUUCCUUUAUUGUAUGUGUAUCUCACUCUGUAUAGUGGUCUCCCCUAGUUGCUUCUGUCCCACUCACAAAAUCAAAAUAACGUGUUUUGAACUCAAAUCUUCGCACCGUCAUAAGAAAGUUAAUGUGCAAGAAUGAAUGAAAAAGAUUUAAAGCAAAAACAUUGAAUUAUAUGCUGAUGAAAAUCAGGUAUGCUUUAAAGCAUCACUUCAGCAUUCACAAGCAUUCUUUAAGCCUGUUUUACUAAAGUUUGAUCAGAAUUGUACUGUGCAAUUGAACAUGUGGCAAAGGAAUUGAUAGUGUAUUGAAACACUGCACUUAACAAAGUCAUAAAACUAAUUUUGAAUAUAAACUCUGGUUGAGUGGUCAUAUGUGUGUGUCACAGUGUUUAUAAAUUAAUCUCUUCAUAUCUAGUAAACUAAAGGUGCUUUUUUUAAAAAGUCAUAGACAAUAUUCACUUGCUGUUAAAACAUGAGUUCUUCAAUCUUGUUCUUAUCAUGUGAGUGGAGAUUUAUUCACAAGUUGACACUUCUCAUCCUGCUCCAAUUUUAAUCAGAAUUGUUUUGAAGGCAGAUGAAGUCUGAGCAUUUAAAACUGUUUGCACAUUCACUGAUCAUCGUUUGAGAUUUUUUUGUGUUAUGAAAUCUAGGUGUUUUCUUGUUUGGCCCAAUGGGCUGUACGAGAUAAAGUGCAUCACUUACAGCUGAUUGUAUAGUGUAAAUGUUUACCCCAUGAUAUUCCAUUGUAAACAGUACUCAUCAUCUGCUAAACAUUGUGUUAAAAGUCAGCCCUUGAUGUCUUAUAUCUAUUUGUAUAUAAGGUUCAUUGAUGCUGUUAUUUAAAAUUCUGCCAUUGAUCUGUUAGUCCUAUUGAGCUUUAGUCAAGUCAUUCAAGCCAGUAGGUUACUCAAAACUGUAUUAACACUGUGAAUUAUGAGCACUUAAUAUUAACAUAGACACAGGCUGUGCAUUUUCUCUGUUAGUUUUACAACAGAUACUGAUUAAAUAAUUGACUAAGCUUCAAAACUUGUUGGAUGCACACACCUUCUUGAUAUUACAGUUGAAUGACACAUAAACAGGCAGUUCAAAGCUAUGUCCAUUAGUUCAUUACCUUUUACUGAAUGGACAGUGUGUUUGCAUGCAUAUCUAUAAAAAAAAAUACAGUCUUAGCACAUUUAACCAUCGUGUGUGGGAGAAAUAAUUGUUGGUAACACGGAGUUUCAACACGAGACCCUUCAGUGCACAUUCAAUGCAAAGCUAUAUAAAACUGUGUUCAAAAUGGAUUUUCAUACUUGUUGGGUUUGUAUAAGGCAUAAGUGAUAACAUCACCCAAAACUGAAAUGACCACAGUUUAAAAAGAAUAUUUUGAAAGAGGGUUUAUAUAUUAGGUGCAGCUCAUAUUUUGCAUGCUAUGCAUCACAAACUUUCCCUGUAACAGUCUUUGAUCUCUUAAUAAAAUGUUUAAUAUGCAAAGUUUAAGUAAUAAUUUUUUUAGAUACAAGAAAAUGGUGUAAAAGAUUUACUAUGAUUACCUCAUUAUAAUACUGCUGAAACUUAGCAUGAUCAAAUGUUUCAAUUAAGAUGUAGGUUUAUCAUACUUUUAUUGUAUUUUUAUGUGUUUCUAAAUAUAUAUUUGACAGCUAAUGAUGGGGAGGUAGUGGCAUAUAAAUCUGUGACUUAAGUAGGUUGUGAUUAAAUGCUUUUUGUAAAGAGAAGGGUUAGUAACUAUGGUGUUGGUGGGCGGGACUGUGGAAUAGAAUUGCAGGAUAAAGGCUUUAUUGGCCUGUGACUGGAAAACUCUCUUCUGAUGGCAGAUACAGGUAUUUGACUGAAAGGUGACAAACGGAUAAGAUUGGAAAAUGCAUGGAGUUUGCUGUUCUUGUGACAACUAGGAUAUGCACCCUUAACUUAUAAAAAUUAGUGCAACGUCAAAACUGUACUUUUACACCAUUUUCUUAACUCUGAAGUCUUUUGGCAGAUGUUUAGGGACAGAUUGUAACUAGAGCUUUAAAGACACUAUAGUUAGGCUUUUACAAAAAAAAAAAGAGUUCAGAGCCUUUUCGUUUUCAUAGUAGAAUGGUGUCUGAGCUAGGAAAUUUCUUCCCCCUUAUCCCCUCCUACCACCACCUGCAUGAGGCAUCUAUGCUCAGGUGUGACAUUAAUUAAUUUGGUUUCCAUGUAACCAGUUUAUGGAGACCCUGUUUAUAUUAUUUAAUUUUUUUUAAACUAUAUUUAUGUAUGACAAUGUUGUGAACCCAGCACAAACCUCAAUUUCCUACAAGUUUUUAAACAAGCAUGUUCUUUUAAUGGGGUACUGUGGCAACGAUAUUUUGACAUUUUAAGAGACAACAGUCUUGAACCAAUUAUAAAGCUGUGUGAAUAUACAUAUUGAAGUAAUAUUUACAUUAUAUCCCUUUUAUUCAUUGAUGUGUACAUAAAUAAAUAAAUCUUACUGAAAAGUCA